CAACAGAUUGGUGGCAGUAUUGCUCGCGUGUAUUAAAUUGUAGACAUUGGGCAUCGCUCGAUUGAAAUCGUGUAAAAUUGCGCCACCGUGCACAUCAAAUGCAGUUCGAACUUCAGAGGGACGGGCAUCAGUGAAUGCCUACAUGAUGGAUGCUUCUUGCAUGGAAUUGGCCUUGGAGGGGGAGAGGCUGUGUAAAGCUGGCAACUGCAAGGCUGGGGUCCAGUACUUUGAGGCGGCCGUGGAGGUUGGGACAGAUGACUUGCGUACGCUCAGUGCCAUCUACAGCCAGCUAGGGAAUGCCUACUUCUAUCUACAGGACUACACCCGAGCCUUGGAGUACCACAGGCAUGACCUCACAUUAGCAUGCACACUGGGGGACCACAUUGGAGAGGCCAAGGCAAGUGGCAACCUGGGAAACACACUCAAGGUGUUGGGGAAAUUUGACGAGGCAAUUGUCUGCUGCCAACGGCACCUGGACAUCUCCCGAGAGCUUGGUGACAGGGUUGGUGAAGGAAGGGCACUGUACAACCUGGGUAAUGUCUACCAUGCUAAGGGGAAGCAUGCCGGUCGAGCAGGCCACCAGGAUCCUGGAGAUUUCCCGGAGGAGGUCAUUGCGUGCCUCAAGAAAGCAGUGGAGUAUUACGAGUUGAAUCUAGCCAUUGUCAAGUCACUCGGAGACAAGGCGGCCCAGGGUAGGGCAUGCGGUAACCUAGGCAACACGCAUUAUCUCCUUGGUAACUUUGAGACGGCAAUUGGAUUCCACAAAGAGAGGCUGUCCAUAGCAAAAGAGUUCGGAGACAAGGCAGCGGAGAGGAGGGCCUACAGUAACCUAGGCAACGCCUGUGUGUUUAUGGGAGAUUUUGAGACAGCGGCUGAUUACUACAAGAAAACGCUCCAUAUUGCUCGUCGGUUGGGCGACAUAGCCAUCGAGGCGCAGGCCUGCUACAGUCUUGGCAACACUUUUACUCUUCUUAGGGAUUACGAAACAGCUGUAGACUACCAUGAAAGGCACCACAGGAUAGCACAGAAACUGAAGGACAGGGUUGGAGAGGGUAGAGCCUGCUGGAGUCUAGGUAAUGCGCACACAGCGCUGCAAAACCACCAAAAGGCACUGCACUAUGCAACUCUUCACCUACAGAUUUCCAGAGAGGUUGGAGACAAAACCGGAGAGCUGACAGCACAAAUGAAUCUGGCUGACCUCCGAGCCGUACUUGGACUAGACAAAGAUCCAUGCGGCCAAGAUGGCCUUCUACAGAACGCUGAUAAAAAGACACUCAAAGAAAAAGAAGUCAAUAUGCAGCGUCGCCAAAGUAUGGAGCGACUGGAAUUGGUCACCAUGACACCAGAUAAAAAUGCAGCAGGGGCAACGGCCAAUGGCAAGACCAAGCUACCUGCAGGUGCCAAGUUCAAGAGGAAAGGCAGCAACAAGGAGAAGCUGAGCAGGAAGAGCUCCAACACCUCCAGUACCAGCUCCAGCAGCGGCGACUCGGCGGCAUGCCUCAGGACUGAGAACGUCAACAUACAGGUCUCCCCUCAGCAGCGAUCUUCCCCAGAGAUCAUGGAUGACGACGACAGCUUCUUUGACGUGCUGAGUCGCUUCCAGGGCAAGCGCAUGGACGAGCAGCGCUGCUCCUUCAACAGGAUGCAGGACAAGCAGAGGGAGAGGGACAGUGGUGAAGAUAGAGAUUAUCCUAUGAAAGAGGAACUCAUGAAUCAGAUUGCCAGUUUCCAGCGCAGUCGGCUGAAUGAGCAGCGGUCUAGUAUCUGCAACCUGCCAGGCCUCAAGACCAACAAUGAGGAGGUGCUGGGCCAGCUGCUACAAAAGGGCAGUCAGGGUGUGCCAGAUGAUGACUUCUUUGACAUGCUAAUGAGGUGUCAGGGUUCACGAAUAAAUGACCAGCGAAGUGAGCCCCCUGUCCUGCAGCCUGCCCCUACUGUACCAGAUGAAGAUUUCUUUGCCUUGAUUCAGCGCAUCCAGUCUAAACGAAUGGAUGCUCAACGGGCGGACAAGGGACCUCAGGACCAAACCAAAUAGCAAUUCUCUGUUACGGACAAGUAAAAAAAAAGUUGGCAACAUUGAAGAAGGUUGUAAAUCUAGACUUUUGCAACUCCAGCGGCAUGGCUCGUCGUCCUCAUCAAUGUCGCCCUCAAGCUCAGAGCACGAAUCAAGUAGCCUUGCUCCAUGAGGCAGGAAGUCCAGUCCUUUAGAUGCCAUGAGCCAAGUCACCUCGAGAAAAAUGUCUGUCUGACUGUAAAGUGAUUCCCCUAUGUUAAAAAGAGCUUAAUGUCAGUGUGAUCUCCAUUGUGUUGAAGAGUGCUGGCGUGUUUUGCACGUAUAAACAAUGAUGGAGUAGGAUGAGGUAUUGUGCUUCUCUUGGGCCUUGGGUCAUGUUGUGUGCGGGGUGUUGGUAACAGAGAAGCACUCCCAAGAUGUUACGAGGCUUAGGGAAAUAGUCUUGUGAGCCAUGCAGUGGCAACUCAAACAACAAAAGAUGUGACAAAAGCGUGACAGGUACUUGGAACCUCUGCCUAUUUAAUCAAUCCCCUGUCUGUUUUCUUGGAGGAUUCUCUAGUGUUCCACGUAUGUGUCAAUGUGACGGACCGUUGUUACCAUGUGUGUCAUUGUGAAAGUAGUCCUAACCCAGUGGAAAGACACCACACAAAAAUGAGUUCAGGUUUUGCCGCAUGCGUAGAUGUCACAGUGAUUUCACUCACGGAGAUGUUGCAACACGUUUACACCUUGUAUGUAGUGAAGCCCACUAAACCUUAACCAGUUGUUUCAUGCGUUCAUCUUAAACUCUUCCACUCCUCUGUUAGGCACCACAGCUGGUCCAGGUUCGAAAAGUGUUUAUGAGGUGCCUUUGUUUUUAAGACUGUCUUACUUGAAUGCAUUUGUAGUUUUACUUCAUUUUAUUUAUUUUUAAGGAGAGUUGUAGUGGCCUGUAAAUGUAACGCAGUUGUAGAGUUAUCUCCAAGAUACAAUCAGAAUGAAAUCUGCUCUGUCACAAAGGAUGAUGUACCGUGUAAGAAGUAGGUCUAACCAGCCCCGCAGUCAAAUCCUUGGCACAGAGCAAGACAGGAAUUGUUUUAAAAAAAAAAGAAAUUUUACAAGUCCGAAAUGAGAGCCCGGAAUACUGAUUUGAGCCCUGGACCCACCACGUUAUACCCAAGCCCAGACUUCAGUACACUUUUGUACAGUAAUCGUGUCCUUGGAUUAAUAUAGGAGGAGACCCAAACAUGGAUUUGUAAAGCCCAGAAGCCCAUUUUGUAAACCGUAUGUGACUUACACCAUAGACAAGAUUUCAUGGCAAAUUUGUGUUGUAACUGCAAAGCGUACUCUUAGUCAGUUUCACUUGCAGCUUUACGUUGGCUGUCAGUAUAAUAGGAUUGUUACAACAGGCACAAAUUUUGAAAUAGCUCCUUCCUCCAUUUCGAAAACAGUUUCGCCUGAUUUUGUUCAGAAUAAGGUUAAAUUGGUCAUGGGUGUUACAGUAUGGCAUUGCACUUAAAGACAAAGCAAAGCUGUGAAAUUUCUGGCCUCAGCCUUAAUUUGUAAGUUGUUUGUUGGCAAAUAAUAUUCCAGUGAUUUGUCUCGCCACAACUCACACUACCGAGUUGAAAAUUUAUGCAAUAGACCUACCUGAAAGGGUCAUGAUUGGUUUGACAAUUGACCUGGCCAUUGGUCAAGGUUUAGUUAAAACGUGCUGUUAACUUUAUGGAUUUAAGCCUGUCAUUGUAUGGUUAGCUUCAGUAAUGUCGUAGAUUAACUCCAAACAUGUUGAGCCUGUUUUCCCAGUUUGAGGCGUUAAUGGACCUUACAUUUUACCUUGCAUUGCUGUUCAAAGUGGUACCUUGAACAGGGAUAUGACUGCAACAGUGUCAUAGACUUACCAACAAAAUAUAUUGCUCGCUUCCAAAUUUCAUGGCUAUACAUUCCUUGUCCAGCAAGCAUGUCAUGUACAUAUCAACAACAGUGUUACUUGAAAGUACAGAAACUGUUGAUGGUAAGAGCUCUUGGCUUACCGGAUGAAUGUGACUUUGCAAUUUAGUGUGAAUCUUGGUUAGGAACUAUGCAACAGUCACUUACAAAGUGAUCCAUAAGCAUUGAUGUGUAGAUAAUGAAUCAUUCAAAGCUUUGCUGUGGCAUUUUCAUUUUGGUCACUGAUAGUAGUUUACAGUGGAUUAGAGAAAAUUCAUAUUGGACGAGUCUUGAGUAACAGAAGAAAACAGCUUGUAUCGUGAAGUGGGAAAUCAUAUUAAAUUCCAAGGUUUUCGCAUUGUUGACCUAUCUCACUAAAAUUCUGUCCACUUAAAAAAAAGAAUUUGAUAGCACUCAAAGCAUUGUUUACAGUGUUGUUGUUGAGUCCAUCAUAAGUCUCUUGCCAAGUCCUUUCACAUUUCCAGUCAAAAGUUAUUUCACAAGGCCAGUCGCAAGUACCAAGAUGAACAAAUGAAGGUUUUUGUCACAGUUCAUUUAAAUAGUUUUCAUAUGUCUUGACUUCUGAGUAGAUAGUUUGUGACUGACUUGUGAGAGACUUGCAGGGACUCAUUUCCAGCAGUGCACAAGCCUCCACUGUACAGAUGUUGUGUGAGUGAUUGAGGGCUCCUUGUUACCUAGCAAUGAUCCCCCUGGGACAAACACACCAAAGUGUAGGCAGUGGCUUACGUAUGUUUGGUACCGAAUGCGUAUAAUUUAUUCUCUUCAUACAAAAUGUCGAAUCUCGCAGUGUUUUUACGUGGGCGAUGGACACACAAAAGCAGUGUCAUUGACAUGUUUGUCCAAGCUCUCCAUUUGUCACGGUACGUGUUACAGGGUUACUAGCAUUGAGUCUAUAAUGGACUGAAGCUACAGCAAAUCAAAUGGGGGGGAGAUACAAAGAGGUGGUUUUUGUUUUUGACAAGGAAGGCAUGCAGGGUUGCCAAAUCUCACACAUUGAGUUUUAGACUCGGAUAUUUUAGGUUAUUCUCGUGCUUUCAUAUGGGAUUUCUCACACAUAAUAAAAAUAUAUAGACUAAAAACUACACAAUAUUUUAAAAACCAAUUAGCUCCACCCUUCCCUAUCCUAUUCUCACCUAACAAUGACGACAUUCCAUGGUCUGUAAGCUCAUUUCAGGCAAAGAACAAAUGAUGUGAUUGGUUUGCCAUUAGAGCUGCAAGAUCAUAGACGUGUUUUGUGCAUUGAUUUAGGACAUAAGCUGGUGUCAGACACAGCCUUGCCAGCUAUGACUGUGUCCAUUCUCAUGUAGAACUUGACAAUUUUGGUAGCCCUGCCCUUGGAAACACAGAGACUUAAGUGUGGACUUGAACCAAAUUUAUAUGAAGUCAAGAGUCAGCCAGUGAACAUAACUGAGAUGGUUAUUCACGUGUUAAUUUAAAAACUGGCCCAAGGUAGUUGUUUGUUAAUAUAAAAUGAGUUGUAUAAAGUGGCUGUACAUGUGACGAGUGUCUUAGCAACCCACAUUUGUAAGCCUGUACAUAUUUUCCCCACGAUGUGUAAAUGGACUGAAUUUGUAAGAUGUGAUUUUGCAGAGAGUUUUUAAGUACAAAAGUGCUGUGAUUGCAUUUGGGGUGGGGGCGUGGGCUUCAUUUUUUUUAUAUGUAUGUACGGGGGAAUAUAUUGUAAAUAUCUUUUAGGGGGGUUUGGCCCCCACCACUGAGCUGUGUCACUCAUGUGGGUUUUGAAUUUUUUUUCUGUUAAUAUCAGUGAGUGCAGAUAUUUGUUUGGAUUGAAAUGAAUGAACGUGUGGAUUCUAGUCCUGUACCAGUGAAUUUGUCAUGUGCACACAGAGGGCGACAUUUUGAUUGACAAAGAGAGCGCCCCAUAUGAUGUAGUCUCCAACUGGUGCAACGCUACAAUAAAGCAGCACGGUAGAUGUUUUCUGAAAUAAACAAGUGCGUGAGUUUAACUCUUUGUAGAAA